AUGUCCCCAACCCCAACCCAAACAACCAUCCUAAUAACCGGCGCCAACCGCGGCCUAGGCGCCGGACUCCUAACCCUCUACCUAUCCCUCCCUUACCACACCGUCAUAGCCGCCGUCCGGUCCCCCUUAUCCCCUUCGUCGCUCGCCCUCCCCACGCUGCCCACCGGCGUCGGUAGCCAUCUCAUAACCGUGAAAAUCGACGCAUGCAUCGAGACGGACCCCGGAGAAGCCGUCGAGACGCUCCGCAGCACGCACGGCAUCUCGCACCUAGACGUCGUGGUAGCCAACGCGGGCGUCUCGUAUGUUUUCCCCAAGGUGUCUGAGCUGAAGAUCGAGGAUCUGCAGGGCCAUUUGAUGCCGAAUGUGUUUGGCGUGGUAGGGUUGUAUCAGGCCAUGUUGCCGUUGCUACUGAAGGGGGAGAGGCCGAGAUGGGUUACUAUGGGAACUAUAGCGGGGAGUAUCGAAUCCCAGCCCUCCAUGACGAACGCAGCCUACGGCCCCUCAAAAGCAACUGUGCACUGGCUCACCAAGCGCAUGAACGCCGAAGAAUCCGCACUUGCCGCCUUCGUGAUUAGUCCGGGGUGGUGCCAGACGGAUAUGGGCAAUAGCGGGGCGAAGAUAUUCGGGAUGGAAGAGGCGCCUGUGAGUGUGGAGGAGUCGUGCAGGGCGAUGGUGAAGCUUAUUGAGGGGGUGACAAAGGAGGGAAGGGGUGGGAGAUUUUGGGGGUAUGAGGGGGAUUUGAUGGCGUGGUAG